AUGUCUCAUCUUCAUUUUUGGUCCGUGGAGCACAUCGCGUACUGUUGUGUCAACGUGGACGUGGGGUGUGAUGUUCUCCCUGCGGCUGGGAAAUGCCACAGCCCAGAUGCGCUGACCGACUGGAGCCCUUGGGCAGACACUUGCAACAAGUGCGGCGGAGGAGUUAAAACCCGGCACCGAAGGUUCGCAGCCGAUUACAGACAUUGCGAGAUCUCUUCGCGCAGCAGGAGGAUGGACUUCGUGGACACCAUGCCUUGCCAUGAAGCGAGCAUGGAAGAGUUUGUGUCGCAGUGGUCUGGCUGGGGCGCAUGUAGCGUCACCUGUGACGAUGGGUACCGGGAGCGGGUCCGGCAGAUGAGACCUCUGGCAAUCGAAUGCCAUUUGGAGUUCCCUCUCAAAGAGACGAUGCCGUGCUCCAGGCCCAGCUGCCGUUUCCGGACCUGA